AUGGCGCAAAGGGUAAGUCUUAGUACACUUGCAAUGUGUAUUUUCUGAGUUGAUCAAACUGAACGCAAUUUCCUUUUGGAAUACCCAUAAGUCUGGACCCUGUAUUAUAUGCGUUGUUCUGUUUUCCAUGCAUGGAAAAUUUGACUAGAUUCAUGUUCAGUGUCAUUCUCAUGCAUAAAGGCUUGUGUUUGGAGGGGAUGUCUGUAGCCUCUCUUAUAUCCGUGAUAGAAGCAUGUCAACAGACAGUCCUCGAGUUUCUCUCACUUAACUGUCUUUCUCCAUCCAGUACGAUGAGCUGGCCCACUAUGGUGGUGGGAUGGACGGAGUUGGACUCCCGGCGUCCAUGUAUGGAGACCCGCAUGCUCCCCGGCCGCUUCCGCAAGUCCACCACCUGAACCACGGUCCGCCUCCACAUCCAACCCAGCACUAUGGAGCCCACGCACCCCACAACAUCAUGCCCAGCAGCAUGGGCAGCGCUGUCAACGACGGACUAAAAAGAGACAAAGAUCAAAUCUAUGGGUGUGCAUCAGAAUUGUCCCAUGGCUUACACUGGGUUUUGUUAUGUUUUUUAUAGCCUACAAAUUAAAGUUACAAGUGAAGUAUUUAAAAGCAUUUAGUCAGAAGUUAGAACCAAAUCCUAACUUGACAUUCGUGAGUAAAUCGAAUUUAAUUCAUUUUGCGCAAAAAUUCUAGGCCUAUUUUACGAGCAUAUCGCAACUCAAGAUUCGGCCCUUACUCUGAGUGGAGACACUUCACUUUUAUCAGUCAUUGUAGGCUAUACAGAAAUAUAAAACACGGAUCAAGUACAAUGCAGUCCUCUUAAUAAAAAAAAAACAUCUAAUAUUCCUGGAAAGAGGGAACACAUAUUCAUGUUUUGUCUCCAUCAUGUUGCAGUCACCCGUUAUUCCCUCUGCUAGCACUGGUGUUUGAGAAGUGUGAGUUGGCGACCUGCACACCGAGGGAGCCUGGAGUAGCGGGCGGCGAUGUCUGCUCCUCAGACUCCUUCAACGAAGACAUCGCUGUCUUUGCAAAACAGGUACUUGUGGUUUAAGCCACGUUUUAGGUCAGCAAAAAUAGGGAUACAGAUAUUAUGGAUGUGAAGGCUACUGUAAACGUUAAACAUGCUUUCCUUAAUUUAUUUCAUGUUUGAUUGAUGGGUGGAUGGAUUGAUUGACUGAUUGCUUGCCUGUUUGAUUGAUUAGUUGAUUGAUCGAUUGAUGGACUGACUGAUUGAUUGCUGUAUGUAGACAAUAGACUAAUAUUAUUAUUUUUCUUUAUAGAUACGUACAGAGAAACCGUUAUUUUCAUCGAAUCCGGAGUUGGACAACUUGGUAAGCGAGUUAACCUGCAUAUCCACUGUUUACGCAUCAAUUGCGCAGCUGGAUAAAUAGUGUGAUUAUGAGCUUGUUUGAGUUCACUUUAUUUGAACACAACACGAAUAUUCAGAACGUUCAUUUGAAGGAGCAACAGGAAACGCAGACGAGUCAUAUAGUCAAAGCCCAAUUCUGCUCCUCUGCAGUGGGAAGCUGCGGAGGUCCUUAACUAGGGCAACCCCAAAGCAGGGACUCUAGGAACCAUUUCUGUGCUAUUGAAUCCAUUUGAAUGAGAAAAUACAUUGUUUUAAGUCAUGAAGUAUACUGUUACAUAUCUCUUCCUUUACUGUAUAGGCCCGCAGUGUGCAUUCAUGCAUUUAUGGUGUUAUUACAUAGCAUUGCUGUCUGAUGAAAACCCCAUCUCCGUUUUUGCCAAUUUUCACAGCUUUUUACGUGUAUUGAAAGCAGUAACUCCCAUCAAUGUACUCUGAACAUAUCAUGACUCUAAGACCAAGAAAAUAUAUUCAGAAUAGCUUCUGAAGUGUUAUAAUAUGCUCAUUAAUAGGAAAAUAUGGCGUUUUCUUUUUUGUUUCUUUCCUGAAAAGUUUCUGUUGAUGAGAUUUUCAUCAGACAGCUACGAUAGGCUAGUUACUAUCCAUUUGAGGUAAACAUGUCAGCAUGAAUAAAGCUUAACUCUUAUAUUUUCCUUUUCCAGAUGAUCCAAGCUAUACAAGUAUUACGAUUUCAUCUUUUGGAAUUAGAGAAGGUGAAUUAUGUUGUUUUAUUGUAGACCUAUAUUUAAUGCUUUACUUUGUGCUUUUUAUGUUUUUAUAUAUUUUUUCAAAACGUCCUACAAUCACUGAUAAUCGCACAGUUGUACUCAUAACUGCAUAUUUUACUCUUACACACUAAGCAUAUAGUUUACUAGGCUACUGCACCGAUGUCCUGUAUUAAGAGUCCUGCUAACACAAAUGUUAAUUGAAUAGGUGCACGAGCUCUGCGACAACUUCUGCCAUCGGUACAUCAGUUGUUUGAAAGGCAAAAUGCCCAUAGACUUGGUCAUAGACGACCGAGAUGGCUGUAAAUCCGACUUCGAUGACGUGACAGGAUCCUCCACAAAUCUAGCAGAUCACGUGAGUGGCUCGGCUUUGAAAUUAGCCUACAUUUACAUUUACAUUUUUAGUCAUUUAGCAGACGCUCUUAUCCAGAGCGACUUACAGGAGCAAUUAGGGUUAAGUGCCUUGCUCAAGGGCACAUCGACAGAUUUUUCACCUAGUCGGCUCUGGGAUUAGAACCAGCGACCUUUCGGUUACUGGCACAACGCUCUUACCCACUAAGCUACCUGCCGCCUACAUAUUGGUGCUAAUUUUGACAAUGGGUCCUAAUAACAUGGUGUUUGUGAUGUACAAAAAUAUAAUUUCAAGACAUUUGCGUAAUUGUGAGUCAGUUUAAUAGAUAACAAAUGUAAUCAACAUAUUUUUUUAAAUAAACAGUACAAUUUAAUUUGCUGGUAUUUCAUGUUUUUUGUAUUAAUAACCUAUCAACAAAAAGUAAUCUAAUGCACAUUAGUGUGUGUGCAAAGCUGUGACAGUCAGUCCGUUAAUUCAUGUGUGUGUGUUCCAAUUUUAUUAUUGUCCUUGUGGUGUGUAUGGAAGUUUCAUAGAGCUCUCAUGUCUUUUUAAAAAGAGGAAGAAUAAGAGAGGGAAUUAUUUAUUUGAUGGAGUUCUUUCACUUCUUUUGCUCUAUUGUAUAAAUAAUCUACUUUAUCUGUUUAUCAGAGAGGGAGAUGGAGAGAAUGACAGUUGUAUGCACACAUGACUGUAAGCCGCUUUGGAUAAAAGCAUCAGCUAAAUGGCAUUUGUUAUAUAUUAGAAGAGAAUGUGCUUAUUAGAAAUGUCCUAAAUCAAUUUUUUAUUCUUUUCUAUUCUUUUCAAAAUUGAAUUUUGUAUGUUUUUUCUUUGAGGUAAUAGAUUAGUACAGCUGGAUGUGUCCUGUUUGGUCUUUCCCGUCUCCUUCCCCUUCUGGUGUUUGAUUUUACACUUGAAUGCUAAACCAAUCAGAUUAUUAUUGUCAGUAAAGAGGGGGGUCUUUGUCAACCCAUUUUCCCAUAGGGUGCCCCCUACUCUGGCUCUUCCUCUUCCCAAUACCCACUCCCCCUGUCACAUGUCAUUUCAGAUGGCAUGGUUCCUUAACUCUAGUACUGGAGCAAUGGCAGGAACUUUGUGUUGGGGAGAUUCCUCAUAUUAGAUUAUUGUCCUGUAUAGUAGAUAUUUCGGAAGUAAGCCACAAAAAUGGUAUUCACUGUCCACAUUCACUUCCAUUUUUGGAUGAUAUUGCAUUUUGUUGAUUCGGUGGUUGUAGACACAAACAAACAAGGUUCAUUCAUCUGACAAGAUAGGACAUUCUCCUGCUGGUCGUCCUAGGAUGCAGUUCACCUUCGUAAUAUAAUAAUAAUAUAUGCCAUUUAGCAGAUGCUUUUAUUCCAAAGGGACUUACAGUCAUGUGUGCAUACAUUUUACGUAUGGUAGGCCCCGGGAAUCAAACCUACAAUCCUGGUGACGCAAGCACCAUGCUCUACCAACUGAGCCAUACAGGACCACUUCAUUGUGUAUGAGCUGUAGUUCUCUGGGUGUGAGGGCACAUACAGAACACACGCAGAAUGGUGUAUGUGAAUGCCAACCACUCUGAAUGCUGGGCCUAGUUCAUGUUUGAGAAGAACAACAGCUGUUUGUUUACCCUAGCUAUGUGUUGGUGAAGGCAACAUUAGCCUCCAUUUCCAGUCUUUCACAUUUGCGUUAUUUCAGUAACAAUUGUCUGACUUGUGAGACUAAAGGCAACUAGUGUACGUGUGAGAAGUUAAUAAAAGUUUAGAACUAUGUUCGCUCUACAUAUUAUAUUUCUACAGUGAAGACUAACCCUCACAAUGAUACAAUGCGUGAGGGCAAGAAAGUAUAUUGGUCUGAGUAUGCUUCUCUAAGUGACACACAAGUUAUGCCUCUCUUUUGUCAUCCCCUGCUCAAAUGCAAAUUUGAGCUCAUAUCCCUAUUUGAGUCCACAACCCAGCCAAUAGCCCAAGAGACAGCACCUUUAUAUCCAUGUUUAUAUCACAAAUUUACAGAAUGAUAAGACUAAUUUGAGUUAAGGGACGACUGGCUUGAAAACUUGCCAUUUGAAUCAGGUUAACCAGCUAGCUGAUACGGCCAUUUUUACAAUGAUUGAAGAUCCUAUGAUUUGAGAAAUCGAUCCAGAUAUCAUAAUUUCUUAUUUAUCUCAUCAACUUAUCUGCCUUUAUGGAUCUCAGUUUUUAUGCUACAUUUUAAAGAACGAUAGACCACACUGUAUCAGUAAUUAAUGUAAUCUUAACAGCUGGAGUGUGAGUGAGUAAAGAACCCCCUUCAUUUGCUUGAUAAACGUGAAAACACAUGGCACUUUGAAUGGGGCCGCCACACAAACAGCUUUCUAAUUACUGUGUGUUGGGAUGGAAAAGGGGUCUGCUCGUCGAGCUCGUCGAGAGGCAUCAUUCACACUGCGCUGCCAUUGUUGCCGUGAUUAUUCUUGUCAUUGGCUGAGCUCUUCAUCUGAGCGCCAUCCGGCAAACAGCUGACGCCAGGAGGCUGAAGAGGUUGCUCUGCUGUUUGGCCCUUAGCUUAAGACUGUCUAAGUACCAUGGUCCCUGCCCUUACAUGGCCCAAUAAAUAGGGGUUCGGACAGAUUCUGGGCUUCCGAAUCAGUCAAGAUAUCGGACGACAGAGGAUAGGGAGGAGUGUUGCUGGAGCUCUGUUGCGGAUCGGUUUUGCUCUACAGUAUUAGCUGGUUUAGCUGAAUAUCAGCUAUAUUGGGUUUUGUUUGUUAUUUUUUGGGGGGCCAUCUCAGUUUCAGGGAAAAUGGUAACUUAGAUUUUUGGGUUAUCGAUUGUUUGGAACUUGUUCUAUUUUCUUAUUGAGGUCAUGGUCAUAUUGUUCAAUAUUGUGCGCUGUGGUAUAUCGGCUAAUAAUGAGGAGAGAUGAGCGGUGCGUGUGUGUGUCUGGGAGUUACAUUGAUAUUGAGUAAUGGCACACUGUUCCACUGCUCUCUAAUGUGAUCUGUCUCUCUCUCUCCCUCCUCUCCUGGUGUGUGGCCGGGAUGUGGGAUAUGUUGAUGACCCGAUGAACCUCUGUGGACCCCAGAACCCGACGUCCUGGAGAGACCUGGAUGACGCCCACUCCACGCCCUCUGUGGGCACCCCGGGGCCCUCCAGCGGGGGCCACGUCUCCCAGAGUGGGGACAACAGCAGUGAACUCGGUAAGAGACCAACAGCUUCUCUUUACACUCAACUCCAUAUCAAAGGUUGACCUCAGUGCUGACCCCAUACAAAGGCAAUAGUAUUUUCUUUGUAGGCUAUAGGGCAAACUUAGUCUUUCCAGAGAUCCUAAUGAUAAGCGGUUGUUGCUCUAUCCUUAUCAUUCAGAUAAAGUUGAUAAGAGGUUGUUGUUGAAUCAAUAGCUAUUUGAUUGAGUUGUGAUGGUGACUUUGUAGUUUUAGCACUUAUCUAGGUCAGGUUAUGGAAAUAAUUCAAUAGUUUAAUCUGGUCUUUGUUAUAUGAUGGCUUGUCUGAUGAGUGUCAUUAUUGCCAAUUACUAGUUUUGCAUGAUUCUGCCCAGCAUUGCUGUAGUGUAGCGUACUUGGGUGUAGCCUACUGUUAAUUUGGCCUGGGAUUGCUCAGUGGAAGCUAUAAGGGUUUUAUGACUUGUUUUUGUUUUUCUCUCCUAUGGCCACAGUAAAAAUAGAAUAGACUUUAAAGCAACUUACCACCCUCUGCCCAUCAGGCAUUAAUAGCCAGGGCAUUGAGCUAAACAAUGGGAGGAUGCUUUGCAAGACAAGAGCAAUUCAGAGGAUGAAAGGACAGUCAGAAACACAGAUUAAGUCUCUUCCUCCUCUGAUUUAAUAGUUUCUUCACUUAUCCUAACUAUCUGAAAACAUGUGAAACGAAUUAUACUUAAUAUCCAUGCCUGCAUUAUUUGUAAUGUAAUUGUAUACUCUAACACUGAAUAUCUGACUUGUAUGUCAGCAAAUAGAGGGGAAGAGGAUGGUGUGAAUGGCUUUUUCCUUGGUUCCUCGGGAGGGCUUUUUUUAAAACAACAGCGGGGGGACACCCAAGGUCCAUGCCUCCCUGCCCUUUUGACCUGGGUAGAGAAUGCAUAUAGGACGGGGGAAGCACAAUCCCCCCUGCCGUGGAGCUGGGAAGGACAGAGACACUUUAUGUAUGGAUGAACAAAGAGGAGAAAAAGCCCCGGAAUGAUCAGAGGCCCAGAGUCACAGUAACUGAUGGCAGGAUCUGCUGCUGCCGUGCCUACCUGCUGCUCCUUGUGCCCCUCCUAGGGCACCUUUGCCCUUUUUUCAUCCCUCGUUUCCAUCCCUUGUUUUCAUCCUCUUUUCUCAUUCAAGAGGAUGAGGAAAGCAAACACUUUUAACAUAGGAAGGGAACUGGGGGCCAAAGCAGGGCCCUUACGUCAGUAGUGCAGGCCAGGCUAGGAGAUUACCGAUGCUCUUCAAAGCACCUGCUACUAUGAGGGAGCUCCUAUUGUCCUAAUGGAUAUUAGUCAUGGUUUUCUGAGCCAAUGAUAAAAGCUUUUAAAGGGUUAACCUACAAUCUUAACUAAUCGGGGAGCCUCGUGGUUGGUUGCCGUGUGGUUGCCGUGUGGUUGCCGUGUGGUAUCAACCACAGGUAUUUGAUAUGUGGUUGGUUGCUGGUGGUAUGGUUAUGGCUGUGUGGCUAUGUUAGCCAUGUGGCUGACCGCUAACCCAUGGCUUAUACAGUCUUUGGUUGUUUCCUUGUAAGCUGUGUGAUAUGCAGAGGGGCUUCUCUUUGAUAACAACUCCCCCAGGGUGACUCUCUCAGAUGGGGCACAGGGGCAGAGCUAAAGAGGCUGAGAUAUCCUAGGAAUGUUUUUUGGGGGAGGGGCUUGGAAUGUCCAUCACAAUGGCAAAAAGAAAAGGAAAGGAACCCAAGGGGAGCUAGCUACAGCAAAGCUCUUGUACAAGAGGGGAAUGCAGAGAGGGAAGAAACAGGAUGCAGUCAGUGCAUCUUUUAGUCUUCUCCGGAUUCCACUGAAGAUGGAAUCCAGUACUGCAAUGACACUGCAGGCUAAUGUCCCUAUAGAAGCUGUCACAAAAUGCUCUCACAAAUAACGAGUGAGACAUCUAACCCUUAUCAAUCACCACUCAAAAUCAAUAGGAUAUAGGCCUAUGGGAGGCACAAUUCUAGAUCUAUCCAUGAUUUGGGGAGAAAAUCCAGCAAUUAUCAACAUCUUUACACUAUGGAUUCCCCCUGUUUUGGCAAGCUGCCAGACAGCAGCUCCCAUUUAGCAGCGUGCAUCAUGGGUAAUAACAGGAGAGGCUGAGAAGUGUCACUGGUGAUGGAUCAGGUCCCGGUGAGCUCAUUAGGCAAGCUGCACUGGGCUCGCAUCACUGAUGCAGGCCGGGAUACAGCAAUCAGUUCUGCUAGCUAGUAGCCCACCCUGCACUUUGUCUUAUAUGGACAUGUCAUCAUGUGGAUUCUCUUGCCUCUAGUUGUCCCAGUUUAUACCUGACUGUAGGAACACUGGCCUUUGCUGUUGUUGAUGAGAGAGAGGGAGGGAGAGAAAGAGAGAGAGGCUGAGACGUGGUGGGUGGGGGUGGAAGUGGAAGCCAGGCAAGGAUGGCUCUGUUCUUCAUAUCUUAGGGUGCUGUUUUCCCUAAAGCGCCCGAGGCGAUACUCCAGCCUUCCCUGCGGCAGCAGGCGGCCCCCCUCUAUGUUACGCGUGUAGACACUGGGGCAGACAGGGAGGGAGCUGGGCAGGCAGGCAGGCGAAGGGGGCUAGGUCACGGGAGGAGCGUUCCAUGGGUACAACUUUGAGAGUAGUGCACCAUCACACUGGUUAUAUUGGCUGAGUUGCCAGGGAACAGUCAGAAACGAUUAGCGUAGCGGAGGAUCUGCCUGGAGGCCUUCCCUCUCUGGAGCAGGAAAAAACAGAGGGAGGGGGGCAGGGUGGGACGUUCCUUAGAUAUAAUUAGGCUGUGCUAGUGAGUUCUGUCUGUCCUGUCUUUCUUUCUUGCUUGCUUUCUUUUUGUAAUUUGCUUCAGGAACAUAAUUAUUUAAAAUGACCAAUAUUGAUUUUGGUCAUUUUGAUCACCCGCUAAGCCCAAACGUUUAAUCAUUGAUUGGUAUAGUUUGUAUUGAUUAUUUCACCACUCAAGGCAUGUCUUGAGUGGUGUCUCUCCCAGCCUGAGAGACAGGAUAUUAACUGUCCAGUCCGAAAUGACAGAUCUCUUCAACACCAUCCUUCAAGUACUCUGCACCCACAACAAACCUCAUAAUGUCCUUCAGUCAUAAGACUGAAAGCUUAGAGAAUAAAACUUUUAUAACAAUUUGUUAUAACAUCUACAGAUAGAGAAGGUGGGGUAUAGAGAACAAAGUGAAGGAUCACAUAGGAAAGAGACAGUGGCCAAGCAACCUAUGCCCUGUCCAGUCCAUAGACUACACCAUCCGUCAGAACUCCCACCCCCCUCCCCUCCCUCCCCUCACCCCUUGUCCCACCCCACUCAGUCCAACUCAUCCUUUUUAAUGUCAAUAUUCAUUAGCUGAAAUAUUUAUGCAUGAAUAUGGGCGCAUAUAUAGAAUCCCCUUUGAUUGAUGCAUCCCCAAAAACAAAAAGACAUGCCAGGGCGAAUCUUAAGAAAAGUAGGGUUCCUGUCCCGCCCCAGGGGAGGAGUCUCUCAGAUGCAUUAUUCACAUGCCCUCCAGGCAGGCUUUCAAGGCAUCUCUGCCCCGAAGGCAAGAAAAAUAACUACCACUGUUAAAAGUAAAUCAUCUCUGCUGAUGCACAAUUAAUGGCGGAGAGGGAGAAGGAGAGACAUGGAUAGAGUGCCCAGAGAGUGCUGUGAUGGGGAGCAAGACUUGAUCCGUGUGAAGGUUCCCGCUGAAAUCAAACAAGGAUGCCAUGGUAAUAAUGCCAGGAAGCGAGAGAGCGGUGGCGUGUGUGUGUGUGUGUGUGUGUGUGUGUCGCAGUGUGAGUCAGACAAUCCAACACAGACAGACUGGAAGGGGGUGUGGAGGGGGUGGGGUGGGGGUUCACUGAACACAUGGGGGGGCUUGAGGGGAAAUGACCGCAGCCCCCAGCCCCCCAACACCCCCCAUCCAUCCACCCACACAUCCCUAGCCAAAUGUUUGAUAUGUCAUUGUCCUCUCAUAGCUUAACCAUGAGGUUACAACUGUUGUUUUUGUUAUUGUUCAUUUUUGUCAUUUUUUAUAACCAAAUCAUUAGUCUAUAUCAAACGGCGGAGUAUAUAAAUAAAUACGCUGCUGGCUGCGCAUUGUGUCCGGCAACGGCUCUAACAGUCGUUAUUCAUGUCAAGUGUACAGCCCGGCUCCCGCAGUCAUUACCUCAUGUCAAACGUGCAGCUCAGAUUGAAUUAAUAGCUUGGCUUUUUUUUCACUACAGUAUACUGUAUGAACCUCUCUUCAUUAUCCAGACACUGUAGCAGUGUGGAUGAGGAGAUGCAAAUGUGAAAGUUGUGGAAUAUUGUGUUCUAAUGCUGUUGCUGUGCCCUAGACCUCUGCUGCCCUUUUAGUGUGUGUUUGUGGCGAAGGGCGGUGAUGUGUCGAAAUUAAAGCCUUCUCUCUCCUAACGUAUCCCUCCACCUCUCUUCUCUACUUUUUCUCUUAUCGCAGGAGACGGCCUCGACAACAGCCUCGCGUCACCGGGCACAGGAGACGAGGACGACCAGGACAAGAAGAGGCAGAAGAAGAGGGGCAUCUUCCCCAAAGUGGCCACCAAUAUCAUGCGAGCGUGGCUCUUCCAGCACCUUACGGUAAGACAGCAGGCCGAACCUAGCACCAGCUCCAGACAUUCUCCUUUAAUGCAGUGGUUCUCAACCUUUUUUGGUUAUUGUACCCCAAUCACAUCUUGCUCUGCCCAAAGUACACCAUCAAGUGCAAGGUGCAACCGAUCAUCACUAUUAUCAAUUUAGUCGUGAAGCCUAUGUUUUGCACACAUCUUAUGGAUCUUGUCAAGUAUCCCCUGGGAGUAGGCCAAGUACCCCUAGGGGCAAUAGUAAUAACGGAUGAGAACUGAUGUCUUGCAUCAAACACUCAAUGCGAAACAACACAAGGGCAUCGGCCUGUGGCUUUGUAGUCCUUCGCCGAGCAGUUUUCUCUCAGAUGUUUUCUUAUUAAGAACAGUCAUUGAGACAAAGGCACAGAGAGCUGUAUAAAAGACAAGUAGCGUAUGUUGUCUAACUGUGGCCUCUCCAUCAUACAACACUUGUUAGGAAUGAUGCCACUUUACUCAGCGUCUGAACUACGUUUUAGAAAAACGGAAUAGGCUACUUUCCCCAGAAUGAAAGGACUAUCUCACAUUCCAACGACUUCCAACCAAUCCUCAAUGAGGAGAGUUUCACCUAUUAUCUACGGGCCCAAAAGACACCGUCACUGCCUCUUACUCCUCAGUUUUUCCUACUUUUCUCCUCUUCCCAAUCUUAGAUGUUUUCAUAGCCCCUUAUUUGUUUGCUGGGUGAAAAGCGGCCACACAGAUGCUGUACAGGCAGCAGUGCCUUCCUCUAAAAACCCACCUUUAGAUUCCCCAGUUUAAAAAGAAGAGGCAAAGAAGGGCUAAUUGAAUUAUCCCCUCUCUGUUCCCCCUUUUCAGACUAAUUGGUUAAGCACAAGUGUUUGUCGUGGCAGGAUGUGCCUCGUGAACACUGUGUAAGGGCCCCUCAAUGUCUUCUGAAUGGUCCUAUUGCAACACCCAGGCGAUCAAGCAUUCAUCGGGCUGCGGAGGCUUUACCGUUGAGGCUGGCAUCGGAGAAGGGACAGAGGGGGGCUUCUCGGGAUAGUCUUAGCCUCUAGCUUUUGUGGCCCCUAUUCUGAGGAGAAACAAGAUCCUCCUCUACAAAGCUAUAGAGAAAGCAGCUGUGGAAGGUUUACAUUUAAUUAUAGGAUUCCUUAUUGGCCCAUUAGCAUGGUCAUACAGUAACUGUUGGUUUCCAUGACAGCCAUGCUGUUUGAAGACCUCCAUCUGCAUGCUGAUUGAGACAGAUCUUUGUGAAGCUCUGUUCUAGACAAUGUUAGUUACAACAAACAUACAUUGCUUUAAGAAAUGCAGCUGUAAAAGGGUCCUCUUGUUCAACCAUGAGACCCUUUCCUCCACUAGGAGAUAAAAGGAUUAAGUCCACAGCUCAAUGACCGGUUGCCCCAGAGUGAUCUGAGUAAAGUCGGUUGUACAUUGGAGAGAGGCCCCAAUGUGACAACAGUCUGUGGGACAUUAGCAAAGUGUUUUUUUUUGGAAGACAGAGGGGUUCUGCUGGGUUGAGGGAGGAGCACUGAGCCAUCCGUCACUAGACUGUCAGCCACCAAGCUGGGAGGUGACCAUGACGAUCACUUGUGGCAACAGUGGCCUUUGUCACCACCAUUUCGGUUUCUGUUUGUGUGCGCUGUGUGGGUGUGCAUGUGUGUGUGCAUAAAUGCUUGCAUGUGUGUGCACGCUUGUGUGACUGAGUGUGUGUGUGUGUAUGUGCCUGAAUGGCCUGUUUAAAAAUGAAGUGCUUGGAAGCUCAUCCUUCACCCGGUGACCACAGGAGGUGGUUGCGGCCCUGACAACGCCAAAAUGGGGACGCGCCCCCGACCCUGCACCCUGUACAUGGGUCACCUCUGUCUGCCAUCUGCCACCCUCCUCCCUCUGUCACACCGCCAGCGGAGAGGCAGGGACAGGGGGACAGGGGCCGGGCCCUUUUCAGGCCCUAUUCAGGCCCUAACAAAGGCGGCAAUUGUGUCCCUUUGUAUCGUGUCUGAUCAUUUGUCAAAUAAUGUCAAAUAAUGUCAAACAAUGCCACACGCUUUGAGCCCAAAGUGUUUGGGGCGGGGGCCAAGCAGUGGUCAGUCUUGGUUGUUCACUUCUGCUAAUGCUAACUAGAGAGAUAGACUAGUGUGUGUGUAUAUGUGCCAAGGAUCACUGUGGAUGGGAGUUGGUCACAGAGCGUGAUUACAUUUCCUGAGUGACUUCCCUUUAAAGGUAAAGACCCUGGUCUUAUGUGCAGGGUGUUUCAUUCUAGAAGUGAUCAUUCUAAAUGAAUGCAAGCUGGGUGUUCUUUUUUCUACUGAAGCGCAAACGUAUCUUUCUGUCCUCUGUUUACCACAGCACCCCUAUCCUUCAGAGGAACAGAAGAAGCAGCUAGCACAGGACACAGGCCUCACCAUCCUGCAAGUCAACAACUGGUGAGUAGCUAACCCUCAAGUCCCCACACUAACCCUAACCCCUGCGCUUCCUUCUCGCCGCCUUUCUUCCUUUCCUUCUUGCCUCCUCCCAGCACUGGUGCAUAUGCUCCUAUUAACAUUUACACUACAGCCAUGUUUUAGGAGAAGCAGAGACAUUCUAAGCUCAGCUCUUUGGAAAUGGAACUAAAAUGGUGCUCUAUCUAUCUUCACUGUCUGGGGGACACUCUGAAACUUUAAAGGGGUGGUGUGUGUGUGUGUGUCCCUCCUCCCCACACAAUCCGCCAGCCUAAUUUUAAAUGUAUAACAUGAUGGAUUAAAGUAUAUUUAAGGCCCAUCAACCUUGCCCCUUUGUGGGCGGCAUGUAGUUUAGUGUGUAAGAGCAUUGUGCCAGUAACCGAAAGGUUGCUGGUUCUAAUCCCCGAGCCAACUAGGUGAAAAAUCUGUCGAUGUGCCCUUAAGCAAGGCACUUAACCCUAAUUGCUCAUGUAAGUCGCUCUGGAUAAGAGUGUCUGCUAAAUGACUAAAAUGUAAAUGUAGAUGGCUUAGCAUAUUUUGAGAAGGUGGGUGGGGUCCAAUCAAACGAUCACAGAGGAACAGAUACAGGGGGAUUUGGGAUUUGUCUUCAAGGAUACAGUUCUAGUGUGUCAUCUAAAAGGCAUAAUUUUACAUGGGGCUUACACAGGGUCAGGUUUGGAUUAAUUGAGAUGACAUUGGCUUCUCGCGAUUAAUCCUCCAUCGUCCCAGAAUCCAUGGUAGGGUCUUCUUUAAGUGUAUCAGGUUCUCAAUAGACCUAAUUACAUAGACGUGCACCUCUAAUCCCGAGGAGUUAAGAAGUCUAAGGGUUUUUCUCAUGGAUCUACUUCAAUACACUUAUCAAAGCAGGCGAAUGCUUAGCUUACCUAGCUGUCCGUUCUGUUGGGUAGUGGUACGUCUCCGCCCAAAAUUGGCAAAACGUUUAGUCUUAUCACAUCCCAAGGCUAAAGGGGCUAAACCCAAAUCAAUAGACUUGGUAAAAUACUGUAUGUGGCUUUCUCCUAAUACCCUAGAUCAUGUCAAUAAAAAUAAAACAGAUUAUAAACCUAAUCCCUGAGGACAUGAAGGAUUGGAAUGUUAGUAAAACUGGCGUAGGAAAUUGUCACAUUCUGUUUGAUUGCUGAAUGCUUUGAUUGUGUAGGAUUAUCUUAAGUAGACCAGGGAGAUAAAUGCAAAGGAGAUCUUAAAGAAAGAAGCUUUAUGUACUGUAUAUUCCAUGUUUGCCAGGACAGUGAUUUGAAUUUUCUCUCCAUUCUCUCUUCCCUUUCGCUCCAGGUUCAUCAACGCCAGGAGGAGAAUAGUACAGCCUAUGAUUGACCAGUCUAACAGAACAGGUAAGCCAUAACUUCAAUUGGUUCAUUGAUAAUAAUACGAUGAUACGAUAAUGUUGCGCUGUCAUAUAUUUAAUUGUACUAUACUAUAUGAUUUUUAAAAUGUAGAUAAGGAUUUUUUGAAUGCCACUUUUAUUGUUAUGGUGUAUCUCUUCUGUUUUAUGGCCUCUAAACAUACUGACCCAUAGAAAUAUAAUUAUAAUGUAGUAUUAUAUCUCUAUACUGACCCAUUUCUGGUUUAUUUUACAUCCACAGUGGGCCAGGGGACAGCAUACAGCCCUGACGGUCAACCAAUGGGAGGCUUUGUACUCGAUGGACAGCAGCACAUGGGAAUUCGACCUGGCGGUAAGCAACCUUUAUUCUCACCAUGUUAUUUGUACCUUUCUACCAAUGUAGCCUAGAAUCAGUUUUGGUUCUGUUUGUCUAUUGAUGGGUCAAAUAUUGCAGUUUUAUAUGAACCAGUAUAUAUUUCAUCAUGUAAUUGGUUCCGCUCGCUGUCGCUCAUUCUGCAGGACCAAUGGGUGGCAUGGGAAUGAAUAUGGGCAUGGAUGGACAGUGGCACUACAUGUAAACCCUCUCCAACUGAGGUUAGCCUGAAGAAGAUGGUGAAGUAAGCACUGCCUUAAUCUCUCUCCCCUGCUACAUUUGUCACCCACAAGCCCCCCUCUGUCGUUUCUCUAUUCCUCUCCAUCACUCCCUCUCUCUUUCUCAAUAUUUCUCCCUCUCUCCCUCCUCUCCUCUCCUCCUCACCCCUCGCUUCAAUAGUUCCCCUAUCCCUCUCCGUCACCCCAUCUAUUUUCAUUUUUUUCUUGCUCUCUCCCUCCUCUCCUCUCCUUCUCACCCCCUUCCUCAAUCGUUCCUCGAUCCUUCUCCAUCACUCCAUCUCUCUCUCUUUCUCCAUUUUUCUCCCCUCUCCAUCCUCCUCUCAUCUCCUUCUCUGGGCCCAAUCUGAUUAAGAGUGUGGGGUUCUCGACUCCCUCUGUCCCCCUCCAGCCCUAUCAGCUCUCUAGCCCUGCUGACAGUUCACAAAUCAAGACGUAUCGCCUGCCGGAGGCACUGGAGCUCACCGUAUUUUAUUUAACACCCACACUCCACUGCUCAAUGAGCCACACUAUAAUGACACUUACCUUGAUUAAUUGAGCUCUUUAUAUGUAAAUAGGGAGCUCCACGUUUGCCUCACUUUUCACUGGGUGCCAAUUCUGCCAACACAGCCCCUUCCCUUCCCGAUAAUCCCCAGAUUUAGCUAAUGAAGUCCAAAGAGCAUGAUGGUGAUUGCAGCGACGGCGCAUCGCCUACAUUUUAAAUACAGCCCACAUAGACAUCUUAUGUACUCAAGCUGAAUAAAUGCUGGCGAUAUAAAUUUGAGACUAUUUCAUCCAAUCAUUUCUCAUUGAAUGAUCAUUGACCGGUUACUGUAAUGGCGUAAUACAGGAGGCUGUUCUCCUCCCCUAAUUUAAUCUGUGGCGAGACCAUAUGCUGAUUGUGAUGGCAGUAAAUUUACCCAAGGCUCCAUGUGGGGUUGUUUUGCAGUAAUAUGUGGUUAUCCCAUGCAUGAUGGAGUCAGAGCCAUAACAGUUAUCUAGGGAUCCCUUAAGAAUUACACCACUGAACCAGCACUGUCCCAAUGUAUGAAUAUGCUGUAAGGCCUAUAUAUGUCUCUGUCAUGUGUGGCUUUGUCUUUAACUUAUAAGAUGUAGGUUCCAUAUUUGGAGACUGUCAGAGACUGACCCAGGCUUCUUCUUUGUGUGACAGGCCUCCAUGGUUUGCUCAGGGAAAAUUCCAUCCUGCCGAGUGGUCCAAUGAGAGCGUGACUCUGCCCCAGUCACACCUGUACCCAUCAUCAGACCACACCCACCUCACCACCCCACUGGAGCACAGAGGACCACACCUACCCUGGGACAACCCACAC